AUGGACAGCGAAGGCAAGCCGCCACCGCCACCGCCCCCUUAUGCUCUCUCCUCCACAUCGCGUUCGGGCAGCUUCGGCUCGUUCUCCAACACCUCCUCUCCUGCUGUGCCCUCGCGUAGCGGUUCUACAUCGAAGAAGGGUCGUGAUGGGGGCGAUUCGCAGCAGGAGGGCUGGAACGUCCCCUUGUGGAAAAUCCUGUGGGGAGGCGACAAUGAGGAACAGAAAAGCGAUUCGCAAUCCAAUCUCAAGCGAGGGAUGGACAGCAUGGCAAAGCAAAAGAUGUUAGCGGCCAAGCUGGACAACACGACGUGGAUAAGCGCCCUGCAGCUGGCCCUGUGGGACAACAUCUUCGGCCCGCGAGUCGACCAGAUUUGGUACGGCAUAGAGGAAAUCGACGAGGACACCCGGUUGUCGGCCGCACGUCACUCACUAUCGGGCGAGAUAGAUGAUGACCUGCCCUUGGACUCGAAUGUGGAGACCAAGUUUCACGUCUUCACGGGCAUCGGUUAUGUCGUGCUCGCGCUCAUCUUCACAGCCCCCAACAGAAACAGCCCCACCCGAUUCUCGCUUUCACUCAUCUUCCGGAAGAAGCACCUGGAGCGAUAUCUCGUUCUUCAUCAGGUCGUGCAAGAGCACAUGCUGCGUCUGGUCAACAAACUCAAGACCGUUCUCCUCUGGCGAGCCACUGCUCUGGAACGAUUCGGCAAGUUCCUGCCCACCUUCGUACGGCAGAUGGAAGCUCUCUAUGGUUCUUCUCUGCCACCCGUCAAGUCCACCACCAUUUUUUGUACACAAGAAAACACCUAUAAAUACGAAUUCCUGGCGAGGGCGAUCACAUCACACCUCCAGACACACGGAUCCACGGUGGUUAUCGGAAGCGACGAAGAUUCUGUCAACACUAAACGUUCGCGACGAGCGGCGGACGGCGCCGCCUACAUUCCGGAUCUCAUCUUGCAGGGAAUCACCAGGCGAACCAGCAUUCUCCGGGAAGACGUCAUUCUCUCCAUGCUCCCCACAACAUUAAUCGACGUCGAUCGGCAAACCGUAAAGCACACUCGAGUGUACCAUGAGUAUAUCCAUAUGCGAAGGGAGUACAUGAGCGGCGAGAUCGAACGGCUAGGCGCAGAGACCAGGAGCGGCGGCGAAGACGGGCGACGAAGAAUCAUCCCCAUAAGACAGCAAUCGUCGUCCUCGUCUUCGUCGUCCUCUUCCUCGUCGUCGCUACCCAACCUCUUCAGCCAGCUCAAGGAGGCCGCGCCCUGCGUCGACCAGAUGCUGCUCGAGGCGUUCAAGCUUCCUCCGGCCCUGCGGGAAGGCUACAUCGUGCAGUGGAUCCGUGUGAUCUCGCGCCGAGCCGUCACCCUCAUCAAGUAUGCCGAAGCUGAAACUAAGCGGUUGAACGCGACUGUGCUCGAAUUGGAAACGAUUCAGCGGAUCCGGCAGGACCUGAAGCUGAGCGCCGACGCCGAUUUCCUGGUGAUCCUGGGUGUGGCGGAGAAGCUCUCUCCGGGUAUUUACACGACGCUCGCCGGCGAUCCGCUCCUCAUGGAGGAGCGGCUGCUGGUGACGCUGGCAUUGCUGAUCAUCAUGGUCCUGUCGACACUCACAACGAUGACGAUCCUGUUCCACUUCAAGAACGUGGAGGAGGGGCAGGACUACUCGACCUACACGUACGAAGAGGAAUUGGCGGGCAAUGGACGAUUGUUCAGCGCGCUUGCGCUUCUCAUCGUGACAAGCCCCUUCAUGCUGAUGGGCAUCAACCAGCUCAGCAAGAGCCAUCUUGAUCCAUCCAGCUCGAAACAGGAAUCGUCGCCUUCGAAGAUAAAAUCGGAAACUGUCGGGUUGAUGACGCUCCUCUUCGGCCUGCCCUUCUUUGCCACCAACGUGGUCCUCUGCUUCUCAGCCAAUCUCGUCGUCCUCAUCCUCACGUUCGUGCUCUCCUGGUGGGGAACAUGGAUCUGGUUCGGCGAUCGUCUUCGAGCGAAGCUGGCAGACGAGUGA